AUGGCCUCCAUGGAGCGGCAGCUGCAGCGGCAAGAUCAGCCCAUCAACAUGACAGCUGCGCUGGAGGCUCUGUCCCCCUUGCUGAACAACCCGCGACGGACCGUCAUCCUGGCGGAAGCUUUCACGUCGGGGGUCAUGGCGCCGCUGGAGGCUCUGUCCCCCUUGGUUCUGAAGAACGUCAUGUACCCGGUCUGGGCUGUCUCGUUGCUACUGGCCGCUGGGUGCACCAACGCCGUCAAGGUCUACGAGCUUGGCGACAACAAGCAGUGGAUUCGGAGCUUCUUUAACUACUACCAGUAUACCAUCUACUCUGCAAUGAUCUGCUGGCUACUGUAUCCCACUAGCCUGAAUGCCAAGGAGUAUCUGUACUUUGCCUUCAAAAUGUUUGCACCAUCAACAUACUUUAAGGUUUUCAAGAAUCCUGCAGUUGCGGUCUCGUCUCUAACUCUCGCUGUUGUGAUUACGGCAUUCAUGGGGAGAGAGCUUGCGUGCCUGAUGGUUGAGCGUGGCUAUUUCUGCGUCAGAAGAAUUGCCAAGUUCAUGAACAACCUACCAGCUAAUGAUGAUGGGUUCGAUCCUGUGAGCAUGAGAGGCUACAAGUACCCGGUUCACUUUAGAAUUUGUACAGAAGCCAAUGUGGUCACCAUCGACCAGAUCUGGCAGUGUGAAGGCAGGCUCCUCCUCAGCUCAGGUAGUACUGAUCACUGCUGCAUAGGACUCAAGGAUGUGUGCCUGGCCUACGCCAUGUAUCAGCUAUUGAAGCGUCGCUACUAUGGGAUGGCAUGCGCCGAGGAACACCUUGAUGAAACCCGUGAUUUUGUCUUCAAGGGAUUGCCGCAUGGUACAGAUGAUGACUAUGAGAGAGCUUUCAGGAUUGUUGAGGUGGAGUUGGGGUUCUGCCAUGACUACUUCUUUACCAAGCAUGCUAUCAUAUUUGAACUGGAGACAGGAUUCUUCAUUCUCUUCGUGUUGCGGAUUAUGCUCAUUCUCGUGGUUGCAUAUUUUGUGUGGCUAAACUCACUAUCUGUCAAGACACCCACUGCUAUCAUUGAAGUUCACAGCAGAAGGGCUGACGCUAUCAUCACUGUCCUUGUUUUGGUCACAGUCCUGCUCAUAGAACUACUGCAAGCUACAUUUUAUAUGGCCUCAGAUUGGUGCAAGGUGUCGGUUGCAUGUAGGUAUGUUAGAGGAUCAUGGUAUCAAGGCAAUGCUUUCUUUGAGAAGCUUAUGGGAUACCUUAGCAGAUUUACGAUAUUCAGGCACUGGAAGAAUACAAUAGACCAGUAUUCGGUAUUUUCAAACCCCAAUGCUGCCCAUAUGGCUGCUGAGAGCGACCUGCAAGCUGUGAAGCUGGCUAUUGUUAGGUCUCUAAGAUCAUGUGAUGGUCUACCAACUAAUGGAGAAGGGUCACUAAGGAGGAAUGGUGUGUUUGCCGAGUUUUCUUGGGCAUUGCAGGGUCAAGCUCAGGCAGAGAUCAUGUUAGUCUGGCACAUCGCGACUGAGCACGUGAAUGCCAAAUCUGAAAACGAAGAAGCAACAGAGCUCCACAGGCAAGUUGCGGUAUGUCUAUCAAGGUACUGCGCGUACCUGAUGGACUCUGCCCCAGAAUUGCUUCCUGGGUACUUCGGAGAUACAAAGUCUGUCAUGUGUGAUGUAAAAGAAGAUGUAUCCAAAGUUUCAAGAUCCCGACGACAUGGUUCAUAAGAUCCAGAGGAUGACGGGAGCAUCCUCAUGACAGGCGUGAAGCUUGGAAAGCAGCUCGAUGGCAGUGUUGAUCGGUGGAAGGUUCUGGCAGAUUUCUGGACAGAGAAGAUUCUGUA